AGGAAUCCAGAACAAAAGGGGCAUGCAGCUUAUUUUCUGUGAAGUUUAUCUAGGAAUGUAAGGUGACCUGAGUGUGACCUUGCUUGGAGUCCCUCUGUAGCAGGAGAACAGGGGGUGGGGGAUCUAUUGGAAUCAGAGUUUAACUUGUAUUGGCUUUAGCAGGAUUGAUCAGCCUGGAAGCUUUGUGCAGAAGGGAGGGGAUAGAAGCUAAGAAAGAGUCUGAUCUGCCGGAAAUGUCUGAAAAGUAGAGUUUCCUCUGUGCAGCAGCAGCAGCCUUCUGUCCUGAUCAUAGGGACAAUGCAGCAGGGUGACACUGACCGCAGAUCUCCUCCAGCACUGCUGCUGUGCAUGCUCUGAUUCUCCUCUGUGCUGGGAGAAGGCAUCACAACUUCUCAAAAAAAAAAAAAAAAACUUUGCAAGAAGAAAGAUUUCUUCUCUUUAAGGAUCUAAGGAUUAUUCUUUACAAUGGGACUCCCCACUCUGGAGUUCAGUGAUUCUUACUUGGAUAGCCCAGACUUCAGGGAAAGGCUCAAGUGUCAUGAGAUUGAGCUGGAGAGGACCAAUAAGUUUAUUAAGGAGUUAAUUAAAGACGGGAACAUGCUGGUGGGAGCCUUGAGAAAUCUUUCCAUAGCCGUGCAGAAGUUUUCCCAUUCCUUGCAAGAUUUUCAGUUUGAAUGUAUCGGUGAUGCCGAAACAGAUGAUGAGAUUAACAUUGCUCAAUCCUUAAAAGAGUUUGCUCGCCUACUCAUUACCGUGGAGGAAGAAAGAAGGAGACUGAUCCAGAAUGCCAAUGACGUUUUAAUAUCCCCCCUGGAGAAGUUCCGUAAGGAACAGAUUGGUGCAGCAAAGGAAGGAAAGAAGAAGUUUGACAAAGAGAGUGAGAAAUAUUAUUCAAUAUUGGAGAAACACUUGAAUUUGUCAUCGAAGAAGAAAGAGGCACAUUUACAAGAGGCAGACACCUUAAUUGAUCGAGAACACCAGAACUUCUACGAUGCGUCUCUGGAGUACAUCUUCAAAGUGCAAGAGGUUCAGGAGAAGAAGAAAUUCGAGUUUGUUGAGCCGCUUUUGGCGUUCCUCCAGGGCCUCUUUACCUUCUACCAUGAGGGAUAUGAGCUGGCAAGAGAAUUUACACCCUAUAAGGAGCAGCUACAGUUCAAUUUACAAAACACCCGCAAUAACUUUGAAAGCACCCGGCAGGAGAUGGACCGUUUAAUGCAGAGGAUGAAGUCUGCAGACCAGGACUAUCGACCGCCCAGCCAGUGGACAAUGGAGGGUUAUUUAUAUGUCCAGGAGAAGAGGCCGCUCGGAUUCACAUGGACGCGGCAUUACUGUACUUAUGACAAAAGCAGCAAAACCUUUACAAUGAGUGUUUCUGAAACCAAAUCUGGUGGAAAAGUGAAUGGUCUCAUCUCCAACAGCCCCGAGAUGUUUAAGCUGAAAAUGUGCAUCAGGCGCAAAACCGACUCUAUAGACAAGCGCUUUUGCUUCGACAUAGAAGUCAUAGAAAGACAAGGUAUUAUAACACUUCAGGCAUUAUCUGAGGCGAAUAGAAAACAAUGGCUGGAAGCAAUGGAUGGAAAAGAACCGAUUUACACACUUCCGGCCAUCAUUAGUAAAAAGGAAGAAAUGUUUUUAACUGAAGCUGGCUUCAACUUUGUGAAAAAAUGCAUCCAGUCUGUAGAGAUGCGAGGUAUCACUAUUUUGGGACUAUACAGAAUUGGCGGUGUCAAUUCCAAAGUUCAGAAGCUGAUGAAUACAGUGUUUUCACCUAAAGCCCCUCCUGAUAUGGAUAUCGAUUUAGAGUUAUGGGACAAUAAGACCAUAACAAGCGCUCUAAAAAACUACCUCAGAUGUCUGACUGAGCCCCUCAUGACCUAUAAAUUACACAAGGAUUUUAUUCUCGCUGUCAAAUCGGAUGACCAGAAUUACAGAGUACAAGCAGUACAUGCCUUAGUCCAUAAGCUCCCGGAGAAGAACCGAGAGAUGUUGGACAUCUUAAUUAAGCACCUUGUCAAGGUAUCUCUGCACAGUCAACAGAAUCUUAUGACUGUCUCCAACCUUGGCGUGAUCUUUGGUCCUACACUGAUGAGAGCCCAGGAGGAAACCGUAGCAGCAAUGAUGAAUAUCAAGUUUCAGAAUAUCGUCGUUGAGAUACUGAUAGAACAUUAUGAGAAGAUAUUUCACACGGCACCAGAUCCAAAUGUACCGCUUCCUCAGGCACAACCACGAUCAGUUUCUAGACGGACCAGAGCAAUCUGCCUUUCUACAGGUCCCAGGAAGCCAAAGGGGAGGUAUACCCCAUGUCUGGCCGAUCAUGACAGUGAUUCUUACAGCAGCAGUCCAACUAGCACCCCUAUGGGUAGCAUAGAGUCUUUGUCUUCACAUUCCUCCGAGCAAAACGUCAACUCAAGGUGUGCAUCAUCCCCACAAAGAGACAAAAAAGGAGGAGGAAUUCCCUGGGUCACCUCUACACCAUCGUCUAAUGGCCAGAAGAAUUCUAGUCUGUGGACCACAAGCCCUGAGUCCAGUUCCAAAGAGGACACUUCCAAAACAGACGUGGAAUCAGACUGUCAGAGUGUAUCUUCUGUUACAAGCAGGGGAAAUAUUUCUCCUCCAAUUGACCUGACCAAGAAAGGACAUUAUGAGCUUUCUGGGCUCAAACGCUCCGCUGCAUCUUCUCUCCGUUCCUUACCUUCCACAGAAGGUAUGAAAAGUCGAAGCCCGUCUACUCAAAGCCUUACAUCGGUGGACCUUAAAGACAUCACAAAGGCUUAUCCUGAUUUACCUCCAAAGGGAAUAAGGAGGAGACUGGACACUGGUUCCAGUAAUGGAUACCAGAGACCAGGAUCAGUGGUGGCAGCUAAGGCUCAGCUUUUCGAGAAUGCUGGAUCAAUGAAACAGACCACUCCCGGGCGCCAAGCCAAAGCGAUGUACUCUUGUAAAGCGGAGCACAGUCAUGAACUGUCUUUCCCCCAGGGGGCGAUAUUUAGUAAUGUGUACAGGUCUGUGGAACCCGGCUGGCUGAAGGCAACCUAUGAAGGCAAGACUGGAUUGGUUCCAGAGAAUUACGUUGUCUACCUCUGAUGACGCUUGUUUGGACAGCGCUAUCUUCAUGGUAUCCAUGGUGACAAAUGAGAAGACGCUGACUGUAUCUAAUAUGGGUACAGUGGUUUAACCGGCAUUGAAGGUCUCUGUUGGCUUGUGACUUGAAGACUUUUUUGAGAGAUUGUCCACUGCUUGACUUGAGGCCUACUAUGAAGAAUUUGGAAUUGCAGUCGAAUGAGUAUAAUAUAUAUAAAUCUAUGUAUUUGAUGUUAUGUACGUGUCCAGAAAUGAUCAAAACCUUGAGAUAUUUGGUACUCAGUUGAAGGAGGACGUGCACUGACCACCGGUACCCGACCCACCAGUGUAUGCAGAGGGGGUAACUUGAAGGCAAAAUCUGUAAACCUACCAUGUGCCAAAAUCUUGAAGGCAAAGUCUAAAAACCUACCAUGUGCCAUUGAUAUUACUGGUGUCUUGUUUUGGGGCCCUCCAGGGUGCUCGCGCUCAUGUGCCGCCUCUGCCCCCCUGUAUCCACACUGGUGUGAGGUCAGAUGAUUGAACUAAGUGCGCCUCCUCUCUUCUUAGCAAUAACUGACAUGUAUGGUGACUAUAUUUUAUUUAAUCUUCACUUUUGUUGUAACUAUUAUUCUAAGAUUGUAUGUACUGUACCUGCAGACCACUAUUGUUGCCCUCCAUGAAGGCGUAAGGUAUUAUUGAGAUUUUCUACAUACUUCAAGACAUCUGAGACCACUGCACUGGCAUACCACCACUUAUACUGAAGAUGCCAUCAUGGAAAGUAGAGCGAUAUUCCUCUAAAUACAGUUUCAGGGGCAGUAGUGACAUCUUCGGGAAGUAGAGUGAUGUCACUCUUCACUAGUGAAUUGAUUGGCUGAAUUCUGUUGACUACUGAAGCACUGUCAAAUCUCUGUCCAAAUUUGCGAUACAUUUUCUGGGAAAUUUGAGGGUCACGGUAGGCAGAAGUAAAGCCAGCAAUGGUAAAAUUGGAGAAAAUAGCAAGAAUGGUAAGACUCUUCUCUGCCAGGGAAAUUUCAUAGGUUUUCGUCAUAGGGAACUCAAUAUCUGUUUGUCAAAAAAAUCCCAAUUUUCAUCACUAAAAAAAUAAAAAAUAAAAUUAUUUUUGCUUUUUUUUUGGCAGACCCCCCCCUUCCCCCCCCAACCAGACUGCUUACUGCCACUGGGCCCCUCUCCUUCGCUGCUCGCCUCAUCUGCCUCGCUUCGGUCCAUUACUGUAAGCCUUGAUGCCACUGAUUGGCUGCAGCGGUGACUUGUUCCUCUUCCGUCAUGUCGCCAAUUGACCUGACGCAAACGAAGCAGGUCACUGCUGCGGCCAGUCAUUGGCUGUAGUAGUGGCGUCUAAGGGGAUGGUGACAACGGGGGACUCAAUUGAGGCAGGCGAGGCUGGGGAACAAUGGAGCCGAGUCCCACCCAUGGGGAGCAGGUAAGUAAGCUUCCUUUUACAGGUUUGGCCAGGAAGGAAGGAAGGAAGGAAGGGGGGGGGGGCAACCCCUUUAAUGGCUGCACUGCAUUACAGGAGAUGUAGCGGUUUCCUCUAUUUAUUGUGUGUCAACCAAACCCUUAUAUCUAUUUAUUUGCCAGUUUUCUUACAGUAUGAUCACACACAAGAGAUUUUUUAUUUUAUUUUUUGCCGUUAAAAAUCGGUUCCACGCCCCUGAAUGAGGUUUUCUCAUGUGGAUUUCUGCCAGCCCUAUUCAGAUGAAAGGGAUGGUCGCAUAAAAAUCUGCAAGAUGGGAAUAUACCCCAGUGUGUCCUGCAUCUGCUGUAUUCCAGUUGCUUUCACCAUUUGCAAUGUGCGUCAAACCUAGAACCAUUGAUGUAAAAAGUUCAAUCAGAUAUAUUUUUCUCCAUGGCCAUAAACCUCACCAUGGCUGCCUACCCUGCGUAUCAAGCACGCCCCUAUUGUGGAAGCCUUCAUGCACUUUGCACGAUGUCGCCCCCUGCAGGUUAGGAGGUGUAACAUGAAAAAAAAUGCAGAGGACAAAAAAAUGAACUGCUGACUGACCGUAAAGGGCCUUUUUUUUGUUUUUGUUUUUCCCCCCCGCAAAAACAGCACCACUCUUUGAGCUAUGGCUGGUAUCGCAAGCCAUUCAUAUUUCCAUGAAUGGGAAUGAGCUGCACAACCAGACGUUGCCCGGGGUCUACAGUGGUGCUGUUUUUCUGAAAAAUGCCUUUUUUUGUUUUCUAAUCCUGAACCCCUUUAAAUUCUCCAAAUUUCCAUUAUCUCAUUUAUUUUAUCUAGAAAACUCAGCUGUUAUCUAUGUAAAUAACUGCACCUAAAACCACACUGUAUAUGUACUCCAGUGUAUAAAAUGUAAUGUAAAAUGUAAUGAA